CGAGAACAAUACUUUACAUGGAUUGGUGCAGCAGAUGUUUGUUUUAUAAAUAGAAUGUUUCUAACAGAUUAUUCAAAUGCAAAAGAUGUCAACAGACACGGCGGAUCUCAACUGUGGACUGCAAUGUUUAAAACAAACAUAGUUUACAAAUACAAUUCAAACAUUCAUGCUGAACGAAGUCAGGAUAAGAAAUUUUAUGGUUACUUAAAUGGAAAUAUCGAAGACGCAGUGGAAUUGCAAUUUACAGAAUUAGAUUCCAACCAAAGAAGACUCUGCGAUGACGGGAAAAAUAGUGAAAAAGCAAAAUCAACUCAUUCAACAUUGUCGUCUACAGAAACCAACACAACCAUUUCCUCUAAUGUCUCUUCCACUACCAUAAAUAUAAACGGACAGAGUCCGUUUAGUGAAUACGUUAUUAUUGGAGUAUGUGUUUCUUUGGUUCUGUUGUCUUUGCUCAUUGUGUCAUUGGCAUGUUUCUGCUGGCAAAGAAAUAAACACAAAGACAGAAGAGCUCUGAAUAAAGGAAAUACAACGAACCAAACAGUCGAUGAUCAGAAAGAUGACCAUGAAGUUUCAGAGCACAAUAGUGUUCAUGGAAACAAUAACUACUUUGUUCUUGAACCAGUAGAGUACCAAGAUGUCAACAUUGAUGAAUCAUAUGAUACAGCAGCAGGUGACCUGACGUAUGAUACCACAAAAGAUAUUACACAAUAUGAAAAAGUUUCAGUAGACAAUGUUUAUAACCAACUCCAAGCUGAAGCUACUUAUGAUCAUGCCGAAGCUGUUAAUAAAAGCAACCGGGCAGAAACAAGUCAAGAUGAGAUUGAUGAAAUGUAUGGUAAAAGUAUCAUGGUAACUAAAAUAAGUUACAAUGAUAGACACACAGAUAACAUCUACAAUCGAGGUGAAGAACUUGAAGAUAAUGAGUAUAAUCAUCUUGGACCUGAAGUUAGAAAGUUUAAAACAGAUAACGUGUAUGGUGUUCAGGAGAAACAGUAACAAAAAUGACGAUGUAUUUUACAUUGGUAUAACGUGCCAUAAAUUCGAUUGAUUGUUUGUAUUUCUGUGUAUGUAUAUGUUUUUGUGUUAUUUCUUUUUCAUUGUCCUCCUUUCAAUUGGGCAUUAGAACCCUAGUUAAUACCAGCUUCAAGUUACUAACAUAUGUCCGUUACCUGAAUGUGUAUGUAACUUGUCGUCUGAUUAAUUUUGUAACUAUCUGACUGAAACAAAAUCCGUCGACAAUCACCAAAGAGUCUUUUAAUUCACAUGUAAUGUUUAAAAAGAACUGUGUUUCCAUUGCAAAAAAUGUCUUAAUUUCAAUUCAUUUUUGCAGUUAAAAUGGAAAAUGUUCCUAUUUAUACUGUCUUAUAAAUACUAUUAGCCAGGUAAAAAAACAACGCUAUUUAAAGAACUACUUUUUUGACAAACAGUGGUCAUUUAUGUAUAUUUAUGUAUCGAUAUCCUACCCAUGCCGCUUUUGCGACUCCGUUAAAAUGGUAUUCCGUGUCCGUGCAUGUAUUUUCUCGUGAUGCUAUUUGCGUUAUACAAACCUAGUGUCUUGUAUUAAGACUCGUUAAAUGUAAGCGUUACACUAUAGGAGCGAAAAUGAAAAAUAAUUCUUUUUCACUUUAAACAGUUUUUAUUUUUGAGUAUAUGAUAUUAUAAUAUUAUAUUUGUAUAUGUUCAUUCCUGAACUUAUUGACCUCGUUGAAUAAAAUGAUAUGCUCGCAAGUAAAGUCAGUAUUGAACUUACAUACAUUCAAUAUCCUCUAUAUAUGAAACAUCGACGAUGAGUGAAAAUUUUGCCAAAUAUUAUCUUAUAAACCUGUAAAUGUAAUUUUAAUUUCAGUAGUAAAAACAACAUUAAAAAGCACAUCCUUGUUUUUGUUAUUUUGUGUUUGUUAGCUAUGAUAAAGAU